AUGGCAUGGUCGGUGUCGAGGACAGUUGGAACCUCGCUGAUGGCAGACAGGCUCUCUGGAAAAUUUGAGAAGACCAAGUCCAAUAGAUUACCGCUGGAGUUAGAUGGAGUCAAGUUGUGCUGUCCCUCUGGCUAUAUUGCAUACGGGGGUGCGUGCUUCAAGGCGUACAACGAAGACAAAACCUACAGCCAGGCCAGAGAGGUGUGUGCAGCGGACGGGGCGCUCCUGGCCAUGCCGAAGAACAGAGACGUGGACAACUUCGUGGGAGAGCUGAAGAACGCCGUGAAUAAAAUCUCACAUUUCUGGUUUGGUCUAAAUGAUGGGAACAAUGAAGGUGAGUGGGUGUGGGAAGACGGAACUCCACACGACAUCAUAACCGAUUGGAACCUCUGGCAGCCGGGAGAACCCAACGGUAACGAGGGAGAAAAUUGUGCGAACUACUAUGGAUCAGGGUGGAAUGACGCAUCGUGCUCCUCUGCUUACAAGUUUAUCUGCCAGCUGGAUGAAGUUUCAACGUCAGAUGAAAGACCAAGUUAUACCGUUUUGUAUCACAUUUCUACAGGCUGUCCCUCUGGCUAUACUGCAUACGGGGGUGCGUGCUUCAAGGCGUACAACCAAGACAACACCUACAGCCAGGCCAGAGAGGUGUGUGCAGCGGACGGGGCGCUUCUGGCCAUGCCAAAGGACAGAGACGUGGACAACUUCGUGAGAGAGCUGAAGAACGACGUGAAUAAAAUCUCACAUUUCUGGUUUGGUCUAAAUGAUGGGAACAAUGAAGGUGAGUGGGUGUGGGAAGACGGGACUCCACACGACAUCAUAACCGAUUGGAACCUCUGGCAGCCGGGAGAACCCAACGGUAACGAGGGAGAAAACUGCGCGAACUACUAUGGAUCAGGGUGGAAUGACGCAUCGUGCUCCUCUGCUUACAAGUUUAUCUGCCAGCUGGAUGAAGCACUCAGCUGCUCUCUGGGACAUUUCCGCUGUGGACACGGACUUGCCUGUAUUCUAUCCUGGAAGCGUUGUGACGGGAUCGCAGACUGCACGGACGGGAGUGAUGAGGAGGGCUGUGAAUGCAAACCAAUCCCUGAGGAUUUUGAAAUCGACAGCAGGCUUACAAUGCUACCAAAUCAGCUGGGACAGACGACAUUUGAGGAGAUACAGAAUUCCUCUGUCGUGGAGCUGCUCAACAGUUCGUACAGCAUCCCAGGAAAGUAUCAUCCAGAGAUGAGGACAUUCAUAUCAACGGUUAUUUUCCCGCAAUGCGAUGUCUCCGAAGAGAACAAGAGUCGCUGCUCUUCGUCACCAAAUGCAGGCAACAUGACCUUAUGCAUGGGAACACAGCUGGUACCAUGCCGCUCGUGGUGUGAAGAAGUGCUCAACACGGCUGAUGACUGGAUAAAGGACCAGUUGCCGCGAUGUAGCUUGUUUCCUUCAUCCGAUAACAAUUGUUGGAAUCCCAACUCAGCCAAGAAGGGAAGCGAAGUUUGCUACCACGGCGUCGGCAUAAACUACCGUGGCACAUGGAGUAAAACUACAUCCGGGGCAGAUUGUGUCGAGUGGUCAGCUCCGCAAGCUGGUUACUACAAGACAGAGUUCCCCUGGGCGAACCUGGAUAACAACUACUGCCGCAACCCUACCGGUCUGGACCGGCCAUUUUGUUUGACCGAAGACGGUAGCCAGGAGGAAUGUGACGUCAUCCCGUGUGAUGCUGAAGGCUGCUGGGACAGAGGUCCUCCAAACUACGGCAAGAGAUCUCCAACCAAGAGGUUCUACUAUGUAGGAGAAAAGGUCACAUACUCGUGCAACGAAGGCUACACACUCAAGUCCGGUUACACCAAGGAAGUGAGGUGCAUCGGAGGAGGCAAUUGGCAGUAUGACAAACCUAGUUGUUUAGUAAACCACAGGCAAAGGCUGCAAGAGGAUCUACUGGACAUUUCCAGUGCAAGUCUGCCACCUGAGAAUGUUAUCAUCAACUUCACUGGAUCUGUGGUACAGCUUGUUGACUUGGAUGAAAAGAAGGAGCAACUGGCUGCAUCUGUUGUCAUCGAUUUCACAUGGCAGGACAGCCGACUGAGUUGGGAUCCGAAGUACUAUGAUGAUGUCACCACGCUUAGCGUUCACGGCAACGACAUUUGGACACCAACAUUGACUCUGAAAAGAAAUGCCGAUCCGGUGUACAAAGGCCUACAGAAGGAUGUGCCGGUCCGAGUGAGCAGCGAUGGUCUGGUGGAAUGGCGUAUAGAAACCCUGACCACCACCGUGUGUGAUGCAGACCCCUUCUUCUUUCCUGCAGACAGCAUGGAAUGCAACAUCUGCUUUUCUGCAAGCACAGCAAUUGCACAAACCAUCCGAUGCGAAGUGGAAUGGCCUGCAGUCGACAUGGGAAUCACUCCGUGCAACUCUUACUCUACUACAACACCGGAGGGUGAAUGGUACCGAAAGGAUAAGAUCUUCGCGAAAGAAAACAGUGAAGCGUGCCUCACUAUUCAUCUAUCGAGAAUCCCGCUGUUCCACAUCGCCACUACUGUAGGACCCUGCAUCAUCCUGGUGGUACUGAUGAACAUCACAUUCAUCAUGCCCUUAGACAGGGGCGACCGGAUCGCGUUUGGAGUGACCAUUCUACUCUCCAUGGUCGUGUCUCUCGUGUUUGUGACAGACGUACUUCCUGUUAAGGCAUUGCCUCUUUUCGCUACGCUGAUCAUCUUGUGGAUGGGGCUGAUGGGAUUAUUCCUGUUCUUCACUCUGGUCAUCAUCGUCAUUCACGACCGGCAGGGCAGCCUGUCUCCGCGGGCGAAGAUUAUUUUCCUCCGCUACAUUUCGAAGAUGCUGCUGCUGGGAGAUCUAACAGAGGAGAAGCGUACAGGUGACGGAGAGGCUGGUUUGCCUCACCAGUCUGACAUGGAGAUGACCAACUACGCCUUUCAUACCGAUGAUAUGGCGCCGGUCGACGAAGGAGGAAGGAGCACCGGGCAGCCAUCAACGCCUUCCACAGCUACAGGGUUGGAGACCACUGGUUCUUCUGGUCUACCGGAGCUGAUCUCGUGUGUGAAGGAGCUGACCAAGGCGGUUAAUAACCAAACAAAAGAGAUGACCAAGGCGGUUAAUAACCAAACAAAGGAGAUGACCAGGGAGCUUGGAGAGCUGACCAAAGCUGUGAAGAACGAGGAGGAGGUGUCUGACUACACCCUGCUGGCUAAGGUCCUGGACAGGCUCAGUCUUGUCAUGUACAUCAUCAGCAUUGUGGCUACCAUUCCUUUGACCUGGUAUUUGAGCCAGUAA